AACAGGCUCCACCACAGGCUCCUAUAAACAUGAUGUCGCCGGCGCAGUCAGUCAGUGAUAUGUGCUUCGCGCCCCGGAGCCCUCUGCGCGCUGAGGGACAACAGCAUGUUUGCACAUCGGCGUCGAUUGCUGCUGCUGCGACCUGUGCUGAGCAUCUGCGCCUUUAAAGACUUGUAAGUGCGCCUCUAUCAGCGCUCUCCGUCAACUUCCCACCAACUCCGACGCACUUGGCGCAAAAAGUAGAGCUACUUUGCGCACAGAGGCUCUGGCUCACCUUAGACCCAUGGAAUAACAACUAUGGAAUAUCACUGGAUGCUGCUUUUUGUCUUUUUGCAGUUACCCUUCCAUCCAGGUGAUACCAAGCCCACGAUCACGCCCGGUGGCCCCUUCCUUGCCAUCCAUCUCAACGCACCCUUCAACCUGUUUUGUCAGGGUGAUAAAGUGAUGCGGUGGCAGCGGGACGAUCGGCAAAAAGUGCGGGGAGAGAAACGAAGUGAUGGAAUGUCCACACUGCACAUCCCCAAGGCUCUACCUGUUCACAUGGGGCGCUACAUCUGCCUAGAAGAGAGCUCUGGAAAGCAAUCAUCUAUCUACAUUUUUGUGAAAGAUCCUGACAAUCCUUUCAGAAAACCAUUGGUGUUCAGCAUCCUUGCCCGUGUGGGACAUGCUGCUUUGAUUCCUUGCCUGGCAACUGAUCCAACACUGCUGAACCUGCGCCUUGAAACAUGUUCUGGGAGAGCUCUGGCCUCUGGUCUGCAGUACACUGCAGACCUGCAGCAAGGCAUUAGCAUCAACAACACACAAAAGGCUUAUGAGGAUUGUUAUGUGUGCACAGGAAGCCUCAGGGAGGACUAUGUCAGAUCACAUGACUACACUCUAACAGUGAAACCAGUUCCUAAGGGUCCUCCUGUGAUUGAGAUGCAAACACCCAAAAGGGUGAUUCUGACCCAGAAUGAGGAUCUCUCCCUUACCUGUACCACCACUAAUGCCAAUGGAGAGAUCAAAUUGAAGUGGGUCUGUCCUCCCGGCUCGGGUGCCGUCUGGUAUCCACAGCAACCAGCAAAGGUUGACAGUGCUUCACGCAUCCUGACGGAGCCCUUCACUCAUGUGCGCAGCGCCACCCUGCACAUCGCCGCAGUCAGGCCGCAAGAUGCAGGAUGGUACCACUGUGAGGCUCAGAAUGAGAAGGGGAACAGUUCACAGUCAGUGUGGCUAGAUGUUUAUGAAAAUGGAUUCAUCAACAUAACAGCCACAAGCAAUAGCACCAUCCAUGUCCGUUCAGGAGACAGUUUGUCCCUCAGUGUUGACAUGAUGGCUUAUCCAAAACCGCACCUGUCAUCCUGGAGCUUCACAGGCCUUGAGCUAAGAAACACCACUGACCAUGUGAUCACCACCAAUGGUCAUGAAUACAGAUACAGCAGCGAACUGAGGCUGGUGCGACUGAAAAUAUCCGAGAGUGGAGUUUACACCUUCCAAGCCUCCAACGGAGAAGCAUCAGUAAAUCAGACAUUUACCAUCUUUGUGAUCAGUAAACCUGAGAUUGUAUCUCAUGAGGGCCCAGUGGAUGGACAGGUGCGCUGUGUAGCGGAGGGGUUUCCUGCCCCCCUGAUCACCUGGUAUUACUGUGAGCAGCCAUAUGUCAGGUGCUCCCAGCAGGUGAACGGCUCCCAGGAGGAGCAUGAUGUCGUCACUGUCACACUGUUCAGGCCUUUAUUUGGGAAGACGGAGGUGGAGAGUCGGGUCAACGUCAGCAAAGGUCGUUUCAGUACUCUGGAAUGUGUGGCGACGGUGGAAGGAGAGCAGGCCUACACACUGUUCUCUAUCAGCGAAAAAACUGUACCACAUGAUCUCUUCACCCCCCUGCUGAUUGGCUCUGUGUCAGUGGCAGUCAUCCUCUGUCUUGUCCUCAUCAUGCUCUUCUAUAAGUACAUGCAGAAACCCAAAUACCAAAUACAGUGGAAAGUCAUCGAAGGUAUCCAUGGAAAUAAUUAUGUGUAUAUUGACCCCACCCAGCUACCAUAUGACCACCAAUGGGAAUUUCCUCGAAAAAACUUGCGCUUUGGAAAGACGCUGGGAUCGGGUGCAUUUGGUAAAGUGGUGGAAGCUACUGCAUACGGUCUCUCCAAAGCUGAUUCAGUCAUGACGGUUGCUGUGAAAAUGCUCAAAUCGAGUGCUCACGCCACGGAGAAAGAGGCGCUAAUGUCCGAGCUAAAAGUCCUCAGUUAUCUGGGGAAUCACAUGAACAUUGUGAACCUCCUGGGAGCGUGCACUGUUGGAGGGCCCACACUGGUGAUUACUGAGUACUGUUGCUUUGGGGACCUCCUAAACUUUCUGAGACGAAAGAGAGAAUCGUUCAUCUGCUCUAAGCUAGAAGAAAGCGGCCACUACUGCAACGUGAUGCCACAGAGAAUCACAGCUUGUGACAGCAGGGACGGCUAUAUGACCAUGAGGCCUUCUGUUGCUGGCAGAUCCCCAUUUAGCUCAUCCUCAGAAAAGAGACGCUCGCAACGCAAAGGUGGGUUGCACAUGGAAGCUGAUGUUGAGAGUGAAAUGUUCAAUGAAGACGGUCUGUCUCUGGACAUAGAUGACCUUCUCAGUUUUUCCUACCAAGUGGCCAAAGGCAUGGAGUUCCUAGCAUCCAAAAAUUGUAUCCACAGAGACCUUGCAGCCAGAAACAUACUACUAACUGAAGGAAGUGUCGCAAAGAUUUGUGAUUUUGGCCUGGCUCGGGACAUCACCACAGACUCCAACUAUGUGGUCAAAGGCAACGCCCGGCUGCCUGUGAAAUGGAUGUCUCCAGAAAGCAUCUUCGAGUGCGUCUACACUUUUGAGAGUGACGUGUGGUCCUAUGGCAUUCUACUUUGGGAAAUCUUCUCACUAGGAAACAGUCCUUAUCCUGGCAUGCCUGUGGAUGCCAAGUUCUACAAGAUGAUAAAAGAAGGAUACAGGAUGGAUGCUCCAGAGUUUGCACCAAGUGACAUGUAUGAAGUUAUGAGAUCAUGCUGGGAUGCUGACCCCUUCAAGAGACCCCCCUUCAGGAAGGUUGUCAAAAGGAUCGAAGAACAGCUGUCAGAUACAACUAAACAUAUUUAUCUGAACUUCAGCUCCCGAGUUCCUGUGACACCCAGGCCCAGGGAGGAGCAGAGUCCACAGAUCGCUUCGUUUCACCAUGGUAACUCAACCGGCAGUAACAGUACUGCCACCCAGCCCUUACUGGUUCACCAUGAGGUCUACCUUGAGGGGACAACCCUCAGAUCCCAGCGGGUGUAAGGACCCACCCGACCUGUCUGGCUGCCUCAAAAAGUGCCUGUAAUAUUCUGCUACAAAUCAUUCAACCACUACACCCACCCACUUCUUUGAUACCAGUGGUAUUUGUUGUCGUAAUGCUACGAGCGGAGUGGAAAAUAACAUCCGCUGUCAGGAAGGAGGAAGGACACCUGUUAUCAUUCUUAUUGCCUACUAGUCACAGGGAAGAAUACUGGAUGAACUCAUUACUCACAUGAAAGAACUAUUCAGGCACAUGGUGGGUGAAGAGACAACAAACAGUUGUCUAAACUGAUUUUUGGGCGCAUUGUUACUUUUUACAAUCUCAUUUGUGGUUUUCUUUUUCCUAAACAUUUCAUAAACCUGUUGUUUUGUGGCACUCCAUGUGUAACUGAAACAUUUCUGUUUUAUUAUUUUUUUUUAAGAUUUUUUUCUUUUUACAUUUUGUACUAUUCAUUGUUGUUUUCUGGCAUGAUCAUUUCAGGGGAUUUUUUCAGGGGGAGGGGGUGCAGAGUUGAUGAAUUACUGUUGCAGUUGAUUGGGGGAAAAGCACUUGAGGCACUUGAAUUUCAGAUUGUUAUACACACCAUGUAAUGCAGCUUUAGUUUCUUCCUUUCUUUUUUACACUUUUAAUGUCAGUAUUAUUUUCAUCUGUUCAGUUCUGUGUUCAUGUGAGGGAGAUACAUUUGGGGGCCAAUUUAAAUUAAGGUAUUGAGAUACUGGUUAAUAAGCUAUUAGAGUCCAUAAGUGCUUUAAGUUGACUAGUAAAUACAAGUCUGCUUCUUUUAUGUUAGAUGUUGCUACCUACAGGGCAACAAACUGUCUUCACCAGAUCUGAUUAUCACAUAGAGACAAAAA